ACCGAUCUCAAAGAGUGCAUUCCUUUUUAAGGUUUGAGAUAAGGCGAAGCAGAGUACAGUGGACAACCAUGGCUCUCCGCGUCAACUCGUUCACUCUCUCUUCCUCUUUACCUAAAACAAAGUUAAGAGCUGGAAAUUCAUGGAGUCCGAACCUCAGUUUUAACUCGCAGAUGAAAAUCCAAAUGCGUAAGGAGGAUGUUGGUGGACGAAAAAUCUGGAGGCGAAGGAAAAUGAUAAAAAAGGACGUACUUCUACCAUACAGAAUGGAGCGCAUUCCUUUUCUCGAGGAGCAGGUGAGGAAGAUAAGGGAUGAGGGAAAGCUCGCGCGAUUGGACGUAAGUAGGAUACUGUUAUCAGAAGAUAAUAGGUAUGAUUUUGUGAAUGAGGUAGCAGCUGAGGCCAAUUCUUAUGUUGAGAGCAACAUCGAUGAGUAUGGAGGUGAGAAGAAAGCCAUUUUUCAUGUUUUGAGUAAUCGAAAGAAUGAUGCUGGAAUUUACCGUCCAGAGGCGUAUGCCGAGCCUGAUCCAUUCAAACCUGGGCCUCAUUAUUUGAAGGAAAAUGCUACCCAGUGCCCUCAGGGCUUUCUUUAAGCGUCUUAAAUAGUAAGUUUUUGUAAAAUAAUUAUGGAAAUGUGUUGCAGUCAACACAUUGUUAAGCUGAGAUAUUACACUAGAGAUAAGAAUUUGCUUAUUUGCUUCACUUGGCACAAUUGAUGUCUUAAGGUCUGUCUAAAAUCUAAAUUAGCUGCUGUUGUUUGUAUGCAUGCAAAUCAAAGUCAUUAAAAGCACAUGGAAAUCUAAUAUCUUUUGUAUUGGAGAAACUAUUUAAUUAGUAUUCUCAUUAUAUUUUACUAUUUA